CUCAGCUUACGCGUAGGUGUCUGUGCGUGUGUGAGACUGUUUGGGUAUCUCUUCUCAUCUCCCUCUCAUUCUCCCAGUUUCCUGCAGCCAUGGCUGGUCAACACACAACCAGACUCCUCUUCGUCUUCACCUCAGUCUCUGUGUGCUUCGUCCUCUUCACCCAAGCUGAAGCCUGCAUCACCGAGAUCAGGGUCGAGCGCGUGGUUUGGUCCACCUCUUUCAACCUCAGCUGUGCACGCUUAACAGGAAUGGAGCGCAUUGUGACCCUAGACAAGGAGAAACAGCACGUCCAUAACCUUACCAUCCUGGAACAGGAGAUUGCUGUGGAGGUGAACGAAAACCUGCGUCUGCUGGUGGAAGGAGACAGGGUCGUGUACGAGUUCAAACAGGUGACAGAGCGGGAGGCGGGGGUGUACACCUGUGAGCUGCAGAGGAACUACCCCCCACCUUUCAAGAAGGAGGUCCGCAUGUCUGCUCUUUUUACAGAACCCCUACAACAAACGACUCCAGAGCCCGGUCCUCCUCGGCUGAAUGCCUCCCAGGAGGAGCACCAGACGAGCCCCGGUCCCCCUCGGCUGAAUGCCUCCCAGGAGGAGCACCAGACGAGCCCCGUGCCCCCAGAGGUCUCCCAGCCUCCCCAGGGCCUCUUGCGGGUCUGUAUAGGGCUGUCCAUGCUCUGUGCCGUGACCAUCUUCAUCAUCCUGGUGCUGGGGCACAAACUGCACGGGAACGCCCAGACAAAGAACGAGUACAUCAACACUAGACCAGCAGAAUCAAACAAGGGGCAGCACUGAAAAUGGCCAGGCUGACUAUGUUCUGACUAUGACACACAAAGUAUGUGCAUAUUAUAGACGCAUAUUAAAAUGUGUGUGCUUGGCCUACAAAUAUGGCCAAAAAAACUCGCUACUGCUCAGUGUCAGCUGUAAUUGGUAGACUCUUUAUCUGGAAACAUAGAUGUCAUCUUUACCCAUUAUGUGCAUAUUAUAGACUGACUCUUUGCCUAAGAGCCUUUUAAAAGCCAUAUUUGGUACUUGCCUUGAUAUGUAACCUUCUUGUUAAUACCAAUAAAGAAUUAAGUAGUA